UACAGCUAACUUUGACUCUAUCAAAACGGGAGAUGGAGACUGAUGACCAGGUUGCCCAGACCGAUGAGGUAACAGCCCUGGCCAGCAUCUACGAGGAGAGGAUCUUCUUGGCCGAUGGAAACAACGGUGGUCAUUUUUCGGCGUACUUGGAUCUGCCCGAGGAAUUUUUCAUUGAACUACACGAGGCUUCACUGGUUCAUCGAACCAGAAAACUUGGUUGUCGAUUGGAGGAGGGGCAUGAAGGUAGCUCUCUUCUGCGCAUUAACCACUUGCCGCCCAUCGUGCUCAACUUCAAGUAUCCUGAGGACUAUCCAUCCAGGUCUGCUCCUACGUUCACUUUGUCCUGCAAAUGGCUGAACGUCGACAAGUUGUCUGAGCUGCGCUCUCAUCUGGAUCGCAUCUGGGAUGAGCACCGUGGUGAAGUUAUCAUCUUCCAGUGGACGCAGUUCCUUAUUGAUGACAGUCUUUGGGUCUUGAGAAUCCAGUCAUCCCUUUCCUUAGGUAGUGCCGCCGUCCAGCUUGCCCAAGGCGACUCCACGGAGCUCGCAGACACCUCAGGUCCGCAUUCAGUUAAGAACAAGUCUGUGAGAGGUGCGGGCCAGCUUCUACAGACGCUGAUUGAUUACGACAUUUCCGAGCGUCGCAGAGUCUUCGAUGAAUCGAUUCACAGUUGCUCGGUGUGCUUCAGCGAGAAAGCCGGUGUCGAUUGUGUCAUGUUUCAGAGUUGCAACCACGUGUACUGUAAGGACUGUGUGAGAGAUUACUUCAUGGUGCAAAUUAAAGCGGGGAACGUGAAGGCUUUGAAUUGCCCUGAUACAGAGUGUGAUUCUGUUGCCAUGCCACCACAGGUUUACGCCUUGGUUGGCGAGGAGCUAUUCGCAACCUACGACCGCCUUCUACUGCAGCGCACCUUGGAAGGAAUGGAUGACAUCGUUUACUGCCCUCGUUUAUCCUGUCAGUGUCCAGUCAUGAAAGACGGGGAGUCUUCCCUCGCUGUGUGCUCUGCCUGUGGAUAUUCUUUCUGUGUCCUUUGCAACAGGGUCUACCAUGGAGUGUCUCCGUGUGUUGCAAGUGAAGAAGAGAUCUUGAAGGUUCUUGUGGAAUUUGAGGAUGGCGAUGAAGACUGCAAAGUCCGACUGGAGAAGCGCUACGGCAAAGAUCUCUUCAAAGACCUACGGGAGGAAGCCGAGGAGAGGCGGAGGCAGGAGGAACUGGCGGAGUUGGGGCGUUUGAAGGAAGCGGAGGAGAGGAGAAAAGAGCGGGAACUAGCCGAGAAGGAGCCGCUGAAGCAGAGAAUGCAGAACCAGAGAUGGAAGAACAACAACACUAAACAGUGCCCGACUUGUGGUACGCAUAUCGAGAAAAAUCAGGGUUGCAACAUGAUGAAAUGUACCCAUUGCAAUAAGUCGUUUUGUUGGAGGUGUCUGCAAGUCUUGCCGCACACGUAUUCCUGCGAUUCGGUCUUUGAUUAUUUACAACAGGCGAAAACAGCAAAUGAAGAAUCGACUACAGGAAUUUUAGCUAGUAGUUGAAGAGUAACAGAAGUGAAGAAAUGUGCAAUUCUAAAAUUUGUCCAUCUGCUGAUAAAGAAUAAAAUGUUCCAUAUGUAUAUGUAUAAUUGUUGUUGUUGUGAGGUUAAUGGCACCUUUGGCACUAUUGUGCCCUUUGUGCCAACUUCAAAUACAGUAGCCAAAUCCGUCCUGCAUUGACUUUGACCAAAAACCACCACCUCAUCAGAAUACACACCUCUACUGAUCACCAGAUUGCCAUUAUUUGUAAUGAAACAGAGUUCAGUAUAUGAUGUAUGCCGAUGACACACAACUUAAUUUUACAUGUUGGGGUUCCGGGGAAUCAAUGGGAGUUUUGGAGCAGUGUUGGGGAGAGAUCCGUCUUUGGAUGCGGGAUAACUUGCUCAUUCUUAAUGAUGGAAAGACGGAGUCAAUUAAAUUUCACCUAGGUUUGCUCUUAAUUGUGCCUGGGAUUACCCGGCGUAGUACGUAUUGGUGAUGUCAACAUACAUCUUUCUGCCACCGUCAAUGAUCUUGGUGUCAUAUUUGACUCGGGAGGCACUAUGUCUGUCCAUGUUUCGAAUUUAUGCAAGCAAGCAUCUUUCGCACUUUAGAAGAUUGGAAAAAUUCGUUCUCUUUUGGAUUCCAAUGUUACACAAAGGCUGGUGCACGCUUUUGUAACUUCGAGAAUUGGUUAUUGUAAAAGCCUUUUGUUUGGUAUUCAUGUCAACGAAAUUUCUAAAAUACAAUCCAUUCCGAAUUCUGCCGCUCGUUUAGUUAUGUGGAUUCAUAAGUAUGAUAGUAUUACCUCGGUAUUGAAAGAGCUUCAUUGGCUUCAUGUCUCACAGAAGAUAAAAAUUCUUACAUCGUGUAUGGUCUGGCUCCUUGCUAUUUGCAAGAACUUACACACAUUCACAAUGUUGGUCAUCAGUUGAGAUUGAAUUCCCAGGGAAAUUUAACUUUAUAUCAGCCAAUAGGGGGCAAUAAGUAUUACAGUGACAGGACAUUCCAGGCUUGUGCACCUAGACUUUGGAAUGCGCUGCCACUGUCGAUACGUGCUUCAGCAUCAUAUGAUAUUUUUAAUUCCUCUCUUAAAACAUAUUUAUUUAAGAUUAGUUAUAAGUGAAAUAAGUUUUAUGUUGAUUUUAAAUAGUCGUGGUUUUAUUUAAUUGAUCCCUGUAGUUUGUAAUAUGUAAUGAGUUUUAAUUAGGGCCUAUUGGGUGUUAUAGUUUGUAGUGUAUAUUGUAACAGUUGUACACUGCUCUGAGAUAAUUUUUAUGGAGGGCGCUUUAUAAAAUUAUUAUUAUUAUUCAAAAUCUGUGGGGUUAUACAACAUUUAGAGGGCGACAGCAAGUUUGUUGAGUUGGGGGGGCUAUGUCUCAUAAUGGGUAACUCUACUUGUGCUAGCUUAAAGAAAGCUAGGGAACAUUCUUGGGCUCAAAUGAAUUAAAAACAGAAACAAAUUUGAUAUAACACGACGGCACCCCACGAAACACUUUGGAGAUACUCAGGAACAUUCAGUAAGACCUUAGUGAAUGAACUACUUUACUCCUAUGUAUUUUUAGUCCUAUUUAUUUUUUCCAAUUUUAAAAGUAUUUGAUAUAAU